ACUACACAGAGGGCUCAUGAAAUAGAAGGCCCAAAUGAAAUUAGGGUUUCGGCCGGAGCUUCUUCAUUUGCAUCUCUUUUACAUCUCAUUUUGCCUCAAUCAGCGGAGAGCAGCAGCAGCAGGAGGAGCAACCAGAAGCCAUGGCGGAACAGACUGAGAAGGCAUUUCUAAAGCAACCAAAGGUGUUCCUAAGCUCGAAGAAAUCAGGGAAAGGAAAGAGGCCUGGCAAAGGUGGAAACCGUUUCUGGAAGAACAUUGGUUUGGGUUUCAAGACUCCCCGCGAUGCCAUUGAAGGACAUUACAUUGACAAGAAAUGUCCGUUCACUGGAACUGUUUCUGUGAGAGGACGUAUCUUAGCUGGUACUUGCCACAGUGCCAAGAUGCAGAGGACCAUCAUUGUUCGCAGAAACUAUCUCCACUUUGUCAAGAAGUAUCAAAGAUACGAGAAGAGACAUUCCAACAUCCCUGCGCAUGUCUCACCCUGCUUCCGUGUCAAAGAAGGCGAUCAUGUCAUCAUUGGCCAAUGCAGGCCGUUGUCAAAGACCGUGAGGUUCAAUGUGCUGAAGGUGAUCCCAGCAGGCGCAUCUGCCUUUGCAAAGAAGGCAUUCACUGGAAUGUAAUAGUUUUUGAAGUUAUGGAGAAAUUUCUUUGUUUCGUUUUUAUGUUUCAGAAUGUUUUGUUUGUUGAUCCUUCUUGUGUGAGUGACUUGGUUUAUCCGCAGACUGAAUAGAAACCUACGUACUACUUUCUUCA